AUGUGUGAUGAGGAUAACCUGGAUAGGUUAGACAGUGGUGAAUAUGAAGCCAGUGUUGCUGACAGCGCAGAGCUUGAGGCCUCAGCAGUAGAAAGUGGUGCUUUGCAUUUACCUUUUAGAGCAAUUGACCUUGUCACUUCUGAACAUUCUUUUCAUAGGUUCACCAGACAGUCUUCAACUGCCUGUGCUGCAGAAGGAUCGACUGAGCAGGAUGGUGCAGAGCCAAGUUUCGGUGACGCACCUACACAAGGUUUGGCAAAGCACAGCGAGCUGGGGCCUUAUGAUUCCUUGCCGUUUGAGCCUGCAGGAUCUGAUAGCGCAGUCCAGUCUGAUUUCCAUGAUGUUGCAACUGAAGAGUCUGUGGAGCUAGUGGAUGAGCCGGAGCAGGGACAGCAGGAGCCUGCCAACGUCUUGAGCUCAACAGGUCCGAGUGUGUCACAGUCAGCAUGGUCAGAGAUGGUUGCAAGCAGUUUUGGACAAUUCAGACAACUGGAUGACAUGUUGCGUUUUCCAUGGGAAAAAGGCAUCCUGGCUGACAUUUUUGAUUUUCAGCAAGACCCGCUUCCUACUUGUCCGGGGCUACCAGAACGCAACGUGUCAAGUGGUGCAGGGACCUCAACAGAUUUGCAAGUCCAGGUUCAACGUUUUCAGAUGCCUCGUGAAGCCAAGUACACACACGCUGUUAAAAGUUUACAAGACAUGACAUACUUCGAAUCGAAAACUCAGAAGCUUGAUUUAGCCUGUGCACAGUGGCUGAACAUUCUGUCAUUGGAGUGGAGUGCAUCUGGAGUUGGGCCUCAGAUUGUGACUGCAUUACAACGUGAUGCAACUGGAGCUGACGCUAUUACAAUUUUGAAAUCAUGCUUUGGAGUCAAGAGCCCGUCAACCCUGCUGAAGAGGGCUGGUGCUUUUCGCAAGUACAUUAGCUGGUUUGACAAGGUAGGCAUGGGAGGCGAUAUUCAUUUGAGGCCACUGCCUCUGGAUGAAGAGAUGGUCUGGCAAUAUUUUGGAUGGCUGCGACAACAGAGACAGAUUGCAGUCAAAGGUUUCACAAUUCCUGGUUCCUUUCUGGAGGCAGUGCGUUUCACCAAGUUCACCCUGGAUUUGAUAGGCACAGAUGCCAUUCUGGGAUCAAAGCGCUUGUUAGGUUUUGCUGCCCUGGAAAAACAGGCCAUGGGCCCUAGCCGACAAGCGCCAGGCAUGGAAGUGGAGCACAUCAGAAAGCUUCAUGACGUUUUGGCCAGCAAUGCAAACAUCAUUGACAGAUUGGGAGCUGGCUGCUUUUUGAUUUGUGUUUACGGCCGUGCACGAUGGUCAGACUUGCGUUUUAUUGAGAAGACCGAGAUUGAGGAAAAUGAGUGUAUCACCUUUUAUACAACUGAGCACAAAACAGCAGCAGUUGGCCUUAGAAGGCAACAGUUCCUUCCACUGGUAGUGCCCUGGGAAGGGAUUGUGACAGAAGAUUGGUUGCAGACGUUCUUGAAGGUCUAUGCACAGGUUGGUCUAGACAUCAAUCGUCGCCCUCUUGGACCAUUACUGCCGGCGCCUCGUUUGGAUGGGUCCUUUUGCGCAAGACCCCUCUCGACAUCAGAAGCUGCAGAUUGGCUACGUGCACUGUUACAUGGAACAAAGCAAUCUGAAAGUUUCCGCAGUCAUUCAAUGAAGGCCACACUCUUGGGAUGGUGUGCACGUGCUGGAUUGGACAAGGAAUGUCGUGCCGUUUUGGGCCACCAUUGCAGUGCCCUAAACGGUUCAGAGGUGAUUUACAGCAGACAGCUUCAGAUCAGGGCCCUCCGCAAGUUAGGGCACAUCUUGAGACGAGUCCGGUCUGGACUGUCGUUGGAAGAUGAAGCGAUGCGUGAAUUUGGGCUGAUUCGGACUCCUAUGCCUGCAACACCCACAUGUGCUGCGAGAACGCCUCUGGGGCCCACAGCCGUCACAGUGGCAGUGUCCCAUCAACCUGCCCAGACACAGGGCAUGGACGCAGUCACAGAAGCCGUCCAGGCUGCAGUGGCUAUGGAGGAACAGCAAAGUGUCAAGGAAGAGGACUUGGACUCUUCCCUCGUGGAGUCAGCCGCUGACAAGCUGACACUCUUUCCAGUGGAGUUGGUUGCUGCUGGAGUCGUUGAGAUAGAGUCGUCUUCUGGGAGUGAUAGCAGUAGCUCUAGCACUGAAAGCGAUAGUUCAAGCACCGUGCCGGUGGCCAACGACUCACUUGUCAGGUACACUGAAGAGGUACCGCCAGGUCAAGAAUUUUUCAAGCAUUGCAAGAGUGGCAUAGUUCAUUGUUGCAAGUCAAAUGAACUCACUUCAAGAUGCAAGUUGAGCAUGGGUGCAAACUUCAAGAAACUGGAUCGUAAGUUUCACUUCAAGUAUCCCAAGUGUUUGCGCUGCUUUCCAAAGGACAGCGACGGGAUACGCAGCGUUCAGCAGAUGGCUGACAACCUGGAUGCCUUUCUCAAGAAAGCACGGUCCUCAGCUAGAUUUUCAGAGCGCUGCCUGGAGUUCAGUCAACCAAUUUUAGAUGCUAGCAUUGAGCAGCUUGUUCAAAAUGCUACAGGGCGAGCGCCUACACUGCAGGAAAGUUCAUGCAUCAAAAGGGUGGCAUUUGAGGCGCAGACUUACUUGACUGCAACACUUCGUAUGGCAGUUGAUCGUUCCGAAGACUCCUUACCUAGGAAGAUUCCUUUUGCAGAGCGACAGACAAGAAUGGAGGCCUUGAAGAAUGCCCUCUUGGGCAUCAGCGUGACAGGCGAGCAUGAGCCUGCACACAGCUUGCUUGAUCGCGAUUGUGCAAUUUACGAGACAAACAGCCUCAAGUACCUUGACUUGGCCAGCUGCGUUUCUAGAGCCCUAGAGGUUCAGGGAACAACCAAGAACCGAGAGUUGACUUUGGAACGAGGGUCGCUAGUUAUGAAGAACACUGAUGACAAGUUGCAAAGCGCUACAGACUCAGAGAUCAAGGUUCACUAUGCAAUGGUGAGAAGGGGCUUGACAAUGCAAUUUGCCAAGUUGAUGUCCUAUGCCCAGCAUGCGCUUUGGGAAACCUUUCUUUUUGAAGCCUUGCACCGUGACCCUCCUCCAGGGUAUGGGCGUCCAACUUUAGCCCAGCUGUUGCAAUGCGACCGUGCAGCAUUUAGCAGGCGGCAUACUCACGAGCCCUGGGGCUUUGCACGAGAUGCAGAUGGAAAGCAAAUUUGGGCGACAUCACUGGAGUCGCGCUACCCCAAAAAGAUGUGCAUGGCCUUGGUAACAAUAGCGUUAGAGUUUCUGGAAACACGCGGCUUGACGUUGAAGGCAAAUUCUCUGGAGGAUGCCCUCAACCCUUUGCAAGUUCAUCAGCAAUCGCAGAUGAGUGUGGGAUUGCAACCUAGACCAGCCCAUGGGGGUGAGAUGGUGCAGAACUUGCCAAUGGAUUUACCCUGCAAAAGAGAUGUGGAUGGUGCUAAGAAAGCAGAACUGCAGUUCGGCUUUGAAGUUGCGUUUGGACUCCCAUGGUCUUACAGAGGCUUCAUUGAACAGGCGUGCAGGGUUGGUCACCCGGCAAUGCGGGACAGUGGAGUGCCAAAAGAACUAGUGACAGCAGUUGAGAAGCACAUGCAUUGGACAGAUGAACAGCUUGUGGCCUACAGAGUUGCAUGGUGCAGAAAAUGGGUUGCCAGGGCAAAAGAGUUGGAGGCAGCUGAGCGGGCUGAUGCUUUGACUAGACAUCCGGAGUCGCAUGACAUGCUGGGCCCUUCAUGCGAUGUUUCUGCAGAAGCGAUACAAGUGUUCAACGAGAUUUUGCAAUCGCUGCCAAAGUAG